UUGAAUCAGUCCCGUCUCAAUUGGUAACAGCUAUAUGGCACGUUAGAAGAAGUAAUAGCGGAUAUUGGACGAGAACAGCGCGCUCCAUCUCCAGAACGCGGGGCUGGCAAGGAGAUUAUUACAGUAAAAAAUCAAACUAAACGGAGUCCUGUGGAAAACGACGCGCGUAAUUAUCACGAUUUUAUUGUCUGGCUGUGACAGCUAGCCAUCCGACUUGAUCGCUGGCAGGACUGCACCAGAUUUAAACUGCUUAGAAAUGCUUACCGUGGGUGCUGGUAAGGAGAGCGUAAAUUGUUAUCGUAAACAAGCCGUUUCCAUUUUUACCUUAUGAGAAGCCAAAAGCACCACCCUGCCUUGUGAUGGGACUAUUUUCGCUGUAUUUCUGUGCCGAAGCAAAGGCUUGCGCACUGCAGUAGAACAGCCGGCGUGUGUUAGCGUGUUUUUGGCUUGCAAAUGUGAUAUUUAAUCAAUCUGCCCUUCGUACCAGCUAAUCGAUAACCGUUCGAUUUGGUCUAUAGUGAAUGCUGUUUUUCAGUCAUCGAAAUACCUGACUCGGUCUGGGCUGUAUUGACGUUACAUGUACGAAGCUCCAUCUGCGUGGUACGAGCUACUUCUGUUAUAAAUGAGAAGCAAACAAUAUCAGCAACUGAAGUUAACAGCGCCCUGGGAAAAGGAUGCUGGCUUUGGAAGAAAGCUCAAAACGUACAGGAAUCACACCAAAAUAAUCGCGCAACCAGGUAUCGUGAUGAAAGUGUUACGCAGAAAGAGGAUUGUCUUGUUCAUUGCCUAUUUUUUACUGUUGGUUUUGACUAUGCUCAACCUGGCAAACUACAAAUGGACUAAAGAACCACAACAGUGCAACCACCAAAUGAGGAGCACUCCUUAUCAAAGCAGAUCCGACAUCCGCUUCCUUUACAGACCCUCGCUGGCUAAGAAGAGGCAGCUCGUUUAUGUUCUGACGACUUGGCGAUCGGGGUCGUCCUUUUUCGGAGAGCUCUUCAACCAAAACCCCGAAGUGUUCUUCUUAUACGAGCCGAUGUGGCACAUCUGGCAAAAGCUCUACCCCGGGGAUGCGGUGUCUCUUCAGGGGGCGGCCAGAGACAUGUUAAGCUCUUUGUAUCGUUGUGAUCUCUCCGUAUUCCAGUUGUACAACAGCCCAGGUGGCAAGAAUUUCACCUCCCUCGGGCUCUUUGGGGCCACGCUCAAUAAAGUCAUUUGCUCGUAUCCCCUUUGCUCGGCUUACAGAAAAGAUGUCGUGGGGAUGGUGGAUGACAAGGUGUGUAAAAAGUGCCCGCCUCAGAGCCUGCGGCUGCUGGAAGAGGAGUGCCUCAAAUACAACACCGUAGUGAUAAAAGGGGUGCGCAUUUUGGACGUUAACGUUUUAGCCCCGCUGAUGGAGGACCCUUCUCUAGACCUAAAGGUGAUCCAUCUAGUGAGAGACCCGAGGGCCGUGGCGAAUUCCAGGAUCAAGUCCAGGCACGGGUUGAUACGCGAAAAUUUACAAGUGGUCCGGAGCAGGGACCCAAAACUUCGCCGGAUACCCUUCGUGGACCCCAAUCACAAGGCUAACAAAAAAGACGGCUCAGACUACCACUCAAUUGGAGCUAUGGAAGUGAUAUGCGACCGGACCUCCAAAACUUUGAGAACUGCCUUAAACCCACCCAGCUGGCUAAAGGGAAAGUACCUGGCGGUGCGCUACGAAGAUCUUGUGGAGAACCCAAUCAAAACAUUACGGCUCGUUUAUCGCUUUGUUAAUCUCACAGCUAACCACGAUAUAGAAUCUUUCGCUCUAAACAUGACCAGUGGUACGAGCUCUUCGUCCAAGCCGUUCAUAGUGUCGUCCAGGAAUGCGACACAAGCCGCCAGUGCAUGGAGAACUCUGCUAAGUAUUCAACAGAUAAAACAAGUGGAGGACUAUUGUCACCACUCGAUGUCUUUGCUUGGAUACGAGCGCGUACGAACAGCUGGAGAAGCAAAAGACCUGAGCAAAUCUUUACUGACGGUUCCAAAACUGUGACAGUGUUGCUACCAAAGACAAUGACUUUUUGUUGUUGAUUUUUGUCAUUGAGUACAUUUCAGUUCUAUCGUGGGAGUUUGCCGAGUUAAAAGCUUUAUUUCAGAGUCAGUGUUUCGAUGAAUUUCACAAGUCACAUUGGAAUGUAUAUUUGUUUUUUUUUUUAUGUGGCACUGUGGCAUUUGCUGGAAACACUACGCUUGAAAACGGACCACUGGAUGCGUUCGACAGUGCCAUGGCUAUUUACUAAAACUUGAAUGAUUAACUACAAAGUAGGAAACAAUUGUGUAAAUCAUUUAUUUUUUCCUGUGACACUUCAAAGUGGACAUUUUUUGAGGGUAACAUUUCAUGUUCCGACCUGUUACCCGAGACAUGGUUUGGUUAUACAUAAACAGUUACCAUCUGUUUAAACGAACAUUUUAAAGAUCAAAAAAAAAUUAAAUGGGUAAGAACUCCUCCUUGAGCAAGUUAUGUUAUAUUGUAAGUAUUGGGUCAACUCUACCAGAGACAAUCAAUCAUUAAAGUGGUCUGUAAUAA